GUACGCCGGCGGCGCAAGAAAGGGGGAAGGUGGUAGGGGGAGUGGCGCAGCCGCGGCACCGGAGAUCGCUCCGCACCCUCCGUCCGCCCCCGGUCCCUCCGCGCCGUCCCCGGGAGGAUGAAGUUCGUCUACAAGGAGGAGCACCCGUUCGAGAAGCGCCGCUCCGAGGGCGAGAAGAUCCGCAAGAAAUACCCGGAUCGGGUCCCGGUGAUCGUAGAGAAGGCGCCCAAGGCCCGGAUAGGAGAUUUGGACAAGAAGAAAUACCUGGUGCCCUCGGACCUCACAGUCGGCCAAUUCUACUUCUUGAUCCGGAAGCGAAUCCACUUGCGGGCCGAAGACGCCCUCUUCUUCUUUGUCAACAACGUCAUCCCCCCGACCAGCGCUACCAUGGGCCAGCUUUAUCAGGAACAUCACGAGGAAGACUUCUUUCUAUACAUCGCCUACAGCGACGAGAGCGUCUACGGUCUGUGAAGAUGCCCUCCGCCAGAGCGCGAAUCCCCCCCACUCCCUCCAUCCCCCCCGCCCCCCCAAACCUGGAAACAAGCACCACCGACCAAUCCGGGACCCGCACUUGGCUAUGUUUUAAAAAAGCCCCCGGCUCGGAGGGCCACGGCCCCCUCUCUCUCCUUCCCGCCGCUCCGCUCCGUCUCUUCUGUCUUUUUGGUUGUUUGAGUUUCCUUCUGUCCGUCUCCCCCGUGGUCGUUUUGGUUUCUGUCCUCUCCCACCCCGCGACCCCCCUUCCUGUUGGUUCAUCGAAGGGUCCGUCCCCUCCUUCCCCUCUCCUCCCCUCUCUUCCCUCCCCUAUCCUCCUCCCCAGCCGCUGGCGAUGGAAGGGCCGUGGGAGGGGGAAGGGGCACCAAUAAAAUGGAGAAUGCUGAGCUGCUCUAAA